CAUUCAGUGGGAGUUGGGGAGGGUAGACAAACAAACCACCAAACAAAAAGACAAUAGAAGUAAAGAAACCGAAUCUGUAUCACAAACCUCCACGAUAAGGACAAGCGCGGCGUCGACGAGUGCCCCGAGAUAAGAAAAAAGGCAUCGCUCGUUUUUCCAACACACGCGGACUUCUUCGUCUGUCUGUUGACUUCUCCUGUCUUCUUCAGAUCCUCCAAGACGUGAGACCAAGAGGAAAAGAAGAAGGAAGAGGAAGACAGAAUAGAGGGAAAGAUUUUAAAAAAAAGGAAGAGAAAUAGGAAAAAGGGAUAGAGAAAGGAAGAGAAAGAAAGAUAAUAAAAAAAGUUCUUGCCUCUUCUGCCUCUUUCUCUCUCUCUCUCUCUCACUCUCUCGUCCCCUUCCCUCAAACCUUUUCAAGAUGACGGUCGCUCCUCCAGAAAAGGGAAUAGGAGGAGGAGGAGGAGAAAAUGUCGAACUCGGGGACAAGAAUCUGAACGGAUACGCAACGGAGAAGAUGCUGAACGGAGAGAAGCACGUCGAGGAGUUGCAAGGAAGCAGCGAGGUGUUCGAGGUGAUCAUGAGGCACGUCGGGAGCUUCGGGAAAUGGCAGUGGAUCAUGUUCUUCGUCACCUCCUUCUGUGGCGUCUUCACUGCCUUCCAUAACCUGGCGGCGGUGUUCUUGGCAGCCAACCCCGAGCACUGGUGUCACGUGACGGCGCUCGACGGUUUACAGACAGACUACGAUAUUCGCAACGUUUCGAUUCCUUGGAUACAGGAAAAGGACGGAGUCAAGAAAUACUCGAAAUGCUCCUACUACGACAGAGACUGGCCAAGUUUAAUAGCCAGCGGGGUACUCAAUGGGUCCUCUCCCCCGGAUCUGCCUCUGAAUGAGACGACGGCCGCUUGCGAGAAAUGGACCUUCGACCACUCCAUUUACGAGAGCACCGCUGUGGAAGAGUGGGACCUCGUGUGCGAUAAUAAGUACCUGAUGUCUACAGUCCAAUCUACCUUCAUGGCGGGUGUCCUGACCGGGGCUGUGGUCCUGAGUGAGCUUUCUGAUAAGUACGGCCGCCGCACCAUCUCCCUCGUGUCCGCCGUCGGCUUCCUGGUGUCCUCCGUGGCGGUCACCUUCGUCAGGCACUACGAGCUCUUCAUCACUCUGAGGUUCUUCGUGGCUGCCUUCGGGUCAGGUCUCUUCCUGCCCAAUUUCGUGCUGCUCAUGGAGGUCGUGGGCCCCGAGGCGCGCACCAUCAUGGGCAUGAUGUACCAGGCCUUCUUCAGCGUGGGCUUCAUGCUCCUUCCGGGCAUCGCCUACUUCGUCAGGGACUGGAGGCAGCUGGAGCUCUGCAUCUCCGUGCCCUCCGUCCUCCUCCUGCUAUAUUACUGGUUACUUCCGGAGUCCCCUCGGUGGCUGAUGCAACAAGGGCGCCACGAGGAGGCCCUCAAGAUCCUGGAGAAGGCGGCGAAGGUGAACGGCGGGAAGUUGCCGGAGAAAGAGGAGUUGGAAAUGAUUAUGAACAAAAUGACUGUCUCUUUGGAACCUGAAGAAAAGAUAGCACAGGAAGAGAAAGACACCGAGAACAAAACCAACAUCCUCGAGAAAAUCGUGAACUUCUUUAAAAGCAUCGUGACCCUCCUGAGCACCAAGAACAUGCGCCGACGCUGCCUCAUCAUCUUCUUCGCCUGGUUCGUCGUCAGCAUGGUCUACUACGGCCUCACCUUCAGCGGGGGUAACAUCGACGCCUCCGUGUACCUCAUGGUGUUCAUGAGCGGCCUGGUGGAGAUCCCCUCGUAUUUGCUCGUCUGCUGGACUCUGAAGAAAUUCGGGCGGCGACUCAAUCUUUGCGUUCUCUUCAUCAUCUGCGGCGCCGCUUGCCUCCUCAUCCUCGCUGUGCCCAAAGAGGAAGUAUGGCUCAACCUGACCCUGGCGACCAUCGGCAAGUUCUUCAACUCGUCGGCCUUCGGUGUCGCCUACAUCUACUCCGCCGAGCUCGUGCCGACGGGCGUGAGGAACAUCAGCGUCGGGACCUCGUCGAUGUGCGCCCGAAUCGGCUCCGCGCUCGCGCCCUUCAUCGUCGAUCUGCUGGGUGAUGUGCACUACGCCGUGCCUUCCACCGUCUUCGGCCUGCUGUCGGUCGCCGCCGGUCUGCUGGCUCUCCUGCUGCCCGAAACAGGCCACAGCAGACUCCCGGAGACUGUGGAGGAGGUCGAGGCCAUGCCCAGGUAGUGGGGCCAGCACAGGGAGUGGUGUUGAUGGACGCCGGAGGUUAAGUGGAAGCGACCAGUCAUGUCUACAACAGUGGUUCGAAUACAGUACUUCUUCUUCUUAUCUCCCGAAAGAGGAAAAGAAGUUUUAUGAAAAGAGAAGCAGACAAAAAAAAUAGGAAGAAAAGGUAUAUAGAGAGAUUUUGCUGGUUCAUAUCUCUCUCUCUCGAAACACAGGAGCGCGAAAAGAGGGAGAUUUAUUUUAAUCACGUACACACACACACGCACGGCGCAUACAGACACACGCACGCAAUCACAAACACACACACACACAAACAAACAAAUAAACAAACAAACAAACAAACAAACAACAUACACACACACAAA